UGAUUGCCCCCUUUUUGGUUUAACAACGCCCUAUACACUUAUACACAGACAACGAUGCUCAGAAACAUUGCCAGAAGAUCCUUCUCCUCCACUGCUGCUAACCCAUACAAGGUGACCGUUCUCGGUGCUGCCGGUGGUAUUGGUCAGCCAUUGUCGCUCUUGUUGAAGCUCAACCACAGAGUCACUGGCCUCAACUUGUACGAUCUUAAGGGUGCCAAGGGUGUUGCUGCGGACGUGUCCCACGUCCCAACCAACUCUGUUGUCCAAGGUUUCACUCCAGACGAGGAAGGUGGCUUGGAGAAGGCGUUGACCGGUGCCGACGUUGUCUUGAUCCCAGCUGGUGUUCCAAGAAAGCCAGGUAUGACCCGUGAUGACUUGUUCAACAUCAACGCUGGUAUCGUCAGAGACUUGGCCUCCGCCAUUGCUGACCACGCCCCAAACGCCGCUGUCUUGGUCAUCUCCAACCCAGUCAACUCCACCGUGCCAAUUGUCCGUGAGGUGCUCAAGGCCAAGGGUGUCUACAACAAGAAGAAGUUGUUCGGUGUCACCACCUUGGACGUUUUGCGUUCUUCCCGUUUCCUCUCCGAGGUUGUCAACACUGACCCAACCACCGAGAAGGUCACCGUUGUCGGUGGUCACUCCGGUUUGACCAUUGUCCCAUUGCUCUCCCAAACCAAGCACAAGAGCGUAUUGGAGAGCAACAAGGAGGCCCGUGAGGCUUUGACCCACAGAAUCCAAUUCGGUGGUGAUGAGGUUGUCCAGGCUAAGAACGGUGCUGGUUCCGCCACUUUGUCUAUGGCCCAAGCCGGUGCCCGUUUCGCUGGUUCCGUCUUGAAGGGUUUCGACGGUGAGAAGGAUGUCAUCGAGCCAACUUUCAUCGAGAACCCAGUCUUUGCCUCUGAGGGUAUCGACUUCUUCGCUACCAACGUCACCUUGGGUCCAAACGGUGUCGAGCACAUCCACGCUCUUGGUGAGCUUGCUGACUACGAGGAUGAGAUGAUUGCUGUUGCCAAGGAGACCUUGAAGAAGAACAUCGCCAAGGGUGCCAACUUCGUUGCUCAAUCCAAGUAA